GUGAGCGGUGAGGGCCUCGUAGCUGAAGCGUUCCCGGCGCCGUGAUGACGGGCCUGAGCUCACCAUGACCGGGGAAAAGAAAAAGAAGAAGAGGCUGAAUCGCAGCAUCCUCCUGGCUAAGAAAAUCAUUAUUAAAGAUGGAGGAACGAGGCAAGGGGUUGGGGAGCCUAGCGUCUACCAUGCUGUGGUGGUUAUAUUUCUGGAGUUUUUUGCAUGGGGUCUCCUGACAACACCAAUGUUAACGGUGCUGCACCAGACAUUCCCACAGCACACUUUUCUGAUGAAUGGUUUGAUUCAUGGUGUUAAGGGUAUUCUCUCUUUUUUAAGUGCCCCCCUUAUUGGAGCAUUGUCAGAUGUCUGGGGAAGAAAAUCGUUUCUCCUUCUCACUGUGUUUUUCACCUGUGCUCCUAUCCCUCUCCUCAAGAUUAGUCCAUGGUGGUACUUUGCAGUUAUUUCCAUGUCUGGCGUUUUCGCUGUCACAUUUUCUGUAAUCUUCGCUUAUGUGGCUGAUAUCACCCAGGAACAUGAAAGGAGCACAGCAUAUGGACUGGUCUCAGCCACAUUUGCUGCCAGUUUAGUAACAAGUCCAGCCAUUGGUGCCUACCUGUCUCGUGCUUAUGGUGAUACUCUGGUGGUUGUGCUUGCUUCUGGAGUGGCAUUACUUGACAUAGGUUUUAUUUUGCUUGCUGUACCUGAGUCUCUGCCAGAAGAAAUGCGGCCAGUGUCCUGGGGUGCACCUAUAUCUUGGGAGCAAGCAGAUCCCUUUGCUUCUUUGCGGAAAGUUGGGCAAGACUCCACUGUCCUUUUGAUCUGUAUUACAGUCUUUUUAUCUUACCUCCCUGAGGCUGGACAGUACUCAAGUUUUUUCCUGUACUUAAGACAGGUCAUUGGGUUCACAUCUGAAACGGUAGCUGCAUUUAUUGGUGUUGUUGGAAUACUAUCCAUCUUGGCUCAGACAGUGGUUUUGGGGAUUCUUAUGAGGUCUAUUGGAAAUAAGAAUACAAUACUUCUAGGCCUUGGUUUUCAGAUCCUACAGCUAGCUUGGUACGGCUUUGGUUCACAACAAUGGAUGAUGUGGGCUGCGGGAGCUGUAGCUGCAAUGUCGAGCAUCACUUUCCCAGCUAUCAGUGCCGUUGUGUCUCGAAAUGCAGACCCAGACCAGCAGGGGGUGGUGCAGGGAAUGGUAACUGGUAUUCGCGGCCUGUGUAAUGGGCUAGGUCCAGCGCUCUAUGGCUUUGUCUUCUAUCUGUUCCAUGUGGAGUUGAAUGAGAUGGCAGAUGUGGAAACUGGAAGCAAAUCACUCAAGCCCAACAUGGCCAACCCAUCAGAUGAGAGAAGCAUCAUCCCUGGCCCUCCAUUCCUGUUUGGAGCUUGUUCUGUACUACUGUCUCUGCUGGUGGCUCUUUUCAUCCCAGAGCAUACCAGUCUCACUCUGCGCUCUGGUGUUCACAAGAAGCACAGCAAUGGAGCUCAAAGCCACGCAUUGCUGCCCCCUGCCCACCUCCCUGAAGGCAAGGAGCCACUGCUGGACGACAGCAGCGUAUGACACUAGAAUAAUGUCCACCACAGGCCAAGUGACCAACGAAAGGGCAACACCAAGAAUUGUCUUUUUAGAAGUUGCUACAGAGAGACAAUAUGCCACAGAUGAAGGAAGGAGCAGCAGGGGACCAAAUGAAAAAUUGAAGUAAUUGUGGAUUGUAGGUUUCAACACCUGCAGUAGUUAAAAUGGAGUACAAGAAUUACUUUGAAGUGUGCCAUUUGCUGCCUUUUAUAGUGAACAGCAUGAGUAACUGGUUACGAAAAUGAAUUGUAUGGCUAGGUGGGCAUAUUGCAUUUGCAUUUUUCAGUUCUGUGUACCUGGGGUUAAGCUACCAGCCACAAGUUUUAGGAGAACACAGAUAAUGCUGCGGCCAAACUAAAAAUUGAGGAGAGUACAAAUUACAACUUGGAGAAACUGUUGCGAUGAUGAAGGGCAUCAUUUGCCAAAUCAACUAUUCAGGAGAUUCAAAAGGGACUUGCCACUUACUGUACCACUAACUACGAUGUUUGGUGCAGAAUUACAAAGCAUUAUGGGAUUUUUUUUAUCAUUAUACUAUUAAUUCAAGCAAAAUCCACAAAACUCUUCUGUUCCUUACGCUUGCUCUUAUACAGCCCUGUGAGAGGGCUGAGUCAGAUGAAGAGCGUUCUACCCCGGUCUGAUAGACCAGUCUUUCUCUGUACAGAAUCCAUUAAAACACUUUUUUUUCCCA